ACGAGCCUCUACAAGGCUUUGGGCGUCGCCAAGGGCGCGUCGCCGGCGGAGAUCAAAAAGGCCUACCGGAAGAAGGCGCUCCGCAUGCACCCGGACAAGGGCGGCGACCCCGAGGAGUUCAAGAAGCUCCAGGCGGCCUACGAGGUGCUGAGCGACGAGGAGAAGCGGGCCAUCUACGACCAGCACGGCCUCGAGGGCCUCGAGGCCGGCGGCGGCGGCGGCGGCGGCGGCAUGGGCGACAUCUUCGACCUCUUCGGCGGCGGCCGGCGGCGGGGCAAGUCGGGCAAGGAGAAGGUCGCGCCGUUGACGUUCACGAUCAAGGCCAGCCUCGAGAUGCUCUACAAGGGGAAGACGGCCAAGUUCGCGUUCAAGCGCAGCGUCGUCGUCGGCGAGCCGAAGAAGUGCGGCGAGUGCCGGGGCACGGGCGUCGUCAUGAAGAUGGUCCAGGUCGGCCCGGGCAUGAUGACCCAGGCCCAGGCCCAGUGCGGCUCCUGCACCAAGGGCUACCGGUGCGCCAUGAAGAAGGAGCGCGUCGAGGUCGAGGUCCGCGUCGACAAGGGCGCCGCGGACAAGGCGAAGAUCAAGGUGCUCUGCAAGGGCAACGAGCAGGCCGGCGCGGAGACGGGCGACGUCCACUUCGUCAUCCAGCAGAAGCCCCACGACCUGUUCACGCGCAAGGGCGCGGACCUGCUGCUGAAGAAGGACAUCGCGCUCGUCGAGGCGCUCGCGGGCUUCGAGUUCGUCGUGCCGACGCUCGACGGCCGCAAGCUCCUCGUGCGCGCCAAGCCGGGCCAGAUCGUCCGGCCCGAGGUCGCCCGGGGCAUCCCCUUUGUCAUGUGCGUCGACAACGAGGGCAUGCCCAAGUACGGCAACCCCUUCGACAAGGGGCGCCUCUUCGUCCUCUUCCACAUCGUCUUCCCGCGCAACGGCGCGCUCAAGCCCGAGGCCAUCGCCAAGCUCAAGCGGGCCCUGCCCCCGGCGCUGAGCCACCCGGUCGUGGGCGCGGACCCGGCGACGCGCGUCAACAUGGACGACUUUGGCAAGGGCGUCGGCGCGGACGGGCCCGAGGGCGGCGGCGACGCGCACGACGAGGACGACGAGGGCCAGGGCCACCCGGGCGGCGGCCAGCCGGGCGUCCAGUGCGCCCAGCAG